UCGACUAAAGUAUAAAAGCAUGAAAAGUUAGUGGGUCUUUAUUAUGUAUAAUUAGAUGAGAAACUACAAGUAAGUGCGAUUAGUAUAUUAUAUAUUUUCUAUAUUUAUAACUUAAGAGGUUGGUUUUAAAAUGUCCCUCGGCAGUAUUCUACGCAAUUCUUUUCAACAUAUUAUUGGACUUCCGUCUAUUGGUGUGAAACCCGUGAGCUUUUUAAAACCAGAACUUCUAAACCCGUGGUCAGUUGAUUUGAUUCGUACGAAAACUCGAAAUCAUUUUCCAAGACCGAAUGAAGCGAAACGUAUUAGGAAACAUGGCUGGUGGACUAAAAUGGCAACGCUAAAUGGACGUAGAACGUUGCAAAGAAGGAUACUUAAAGGCCGUUAUGUUUUAAGCCAUUAACAUUCGUGUUAUAUUAAAUAAUACAAUAUGAUAUCAUGUAGUUUUUCUGUAAUACCAAAACCUGUAACAUUCUAUAGUAUGUAAUAAAAAAAAAUGUGAAUGCUCAAA